AUAACUUUUAUAUGUUUUGCAGGUCUGCCCUGGCUCCCUGAAAGAUAGCUCAACCAACCCAACAUCAGGAAAUUGAUUGGGGCAGUUUGUAUUCAUUCUGCUUCAGGCAAAAUCCUUGCUGCCAGAGUCAGAGAGCCCAGUGAUACACUAGUGACAUAAGACAGUUGCAGACGCCAGAGUAUGCACAUGCUAAAUUUGAGCUUCAAAAAGUGAGAGUGUGUCAGUUGUAACACAUUGUGCCGAUUGUGAAGAAAUAGUGAAAUUGUUUCAGGGAAGCUUUAUAUAAAACUGCCUGGGUCACAAUGUUGUCUCCUUGACAACGGCCAUCUUUACUCUGUGGGCCAAUCUCACUCAACUUAAGGAACUCUGAAGCAGAAAAUUAUUCUAUUCCUUUAACUCGUUUGGCAAAUACCAACCAUGGAAAUUCUCAGGGAAAUGGUGUAUCAGCCCAUUCAUUGGUAUAAUGACCUCAUGAUCAACAAGAGGGAUAAAAGAGUGGAUGGAUGGCUGUUCAUGAGUGGACCCCUGCCAACCUUGUCAAUUUGUCUCUUCUAUGUCAUUCUUGUGAAAGUCAUUGGGCCAAGGUAUAUGAAGAACAGACCACCUUUUGACAUCAGGCGGCUCCUAGUUGUCUACAACUUUGUGCAGAUGAUCUUCAGCAUCUGGCUCUGCCAAUAUAUUUAUUUUUCGGGAUGGCAUCAGUACUACAGCUUAAGAUGCCAGCCUGUGGACUAUUCUGAUGACCCACUUGCCAAACGGAUGACAUUUGCAUCUUGGUGGUACUACAUGUCCAAGUUCACUGAAUUCUUUGACACGAUAUUCUUUGUGAUGAGGAAGAAGUUUGAACAUGUGAGCACUCUUCAUGUUGUCCAUCAUGGUGUCAUGCCAAUGAGCGUAUGGUUUGGGGUCAAGUUCACACCAGGUGGUCACAGUACUUUCUUUGGCUUGCUGAACUCUUUUGUUCACAUCAUCAUGUACUUCUACUAUAUGAUGGCAGCCCUUGGACCUUCCUGGCACAAAUACCUCUGGUGGAAGAAAUAUCUCACCUCACUUCAGAUGGUCCAGUUUAUUUGCAUCUUUGUCCAUGCCUUCCAACUGCUCUUCAUUGAUUGUGACUACCCCAAAGCCUUCUCCUGGUGGAUUGGUGGACAUGCAGUCCUCUUCUUUUUCCUCUUCACUGACUUCUAUAAAAAGGCCUACACCCAUAAGAGGAACAAGUCAAAGAUGGGCCACAAGAAUGGAUUGAGCAAGGCUUUCUUCAAUUCCAUCCCAUGCUUGCAACAAUUUGAUGUUAUGGAGCAUCAUCAGGAUUCUGACAUCAAGGCCAAUGGUACCACCCAUGCAGGGAAGAAUGGAUAUCCUGCAAAUGGGCUGAUCCACCGAAAAUCAGACUCUGCAAAUGGUCAUUCAAAUGGUCACCUCAAUGGAUAUGCAAAUGGACAUGCCAAUGGCCACUGUGCCACCAUGCACAAUGGACAUGCCAAUGGAGAUCUCCAUGGAUCAAGAAAAGAUAAAUGAAGUGCCACCCUCCCCUUUUGGUUAGGCCAACAGAAAAGGAUUAUGGUUGCAACAUGUGUACAACUACACCUGCCCCAUCACAUGUCCUGAGAGACAAAUUUUCAUCCAUGUUGUAUCCCAACACCAAGAGAAAAGUGGCCAUCAAAAAUCACGAAUCUGGGAGCACUAACUCGGGUCUCUAGUCUAUAGGUGGAGCUCUCAGUGUCUCCCUAGAAACUUAAGGAACAAAGUCCAUGUUGGUAUUAAAAAUUGCUGGAGAACUAGCCUGUUUUGCCAUGUGGUAUUCGUCUUGCGUGUCUGUGCUGUCUCUGACCAAUGAGGAGACCAUAUUGUGAGCGGAUGAACAUGCAAAUCUCUUAUAUCCUGGUGAUCUUUGCAGGAAUCGGUGUUGCCUUUCCAGCUGUGCCUUUUCAUUUCAUUUUUCAGUUCUUGCCAAUUUUAAGAUGCUUAUGGAUGCAGUACUACCAUCUCGGUCUCGCACUAUAUGAGACUCAAAACUGUAGGAGCUUGGAAUUUCCCUUAACCUAAGGUGUAGCCAUGGGACCAACGGAGAUGAAUUCAUCUGGACCCGUUGAUGCUACUCAAGUGUCAUUACGAGCUGGCACAUGUGAGCCCAUUGCUGUGAUUUCAGAGGCACUUGUCCAUGAGAAAUUAUUUGCCCAGUUUGUUUUUCCACUAUCUUGUGUUCGUUUGUGCAUUUCCUGCCACGUGCAUUUAUCAUGCAUUUGAAGAAAUUCCCUCUGCAUUCAGAAGCAUCUCGGUUUUGUUGUGCAAUAUGAAAUCACAGAUUGUGUAUGUCGAGUGUCCUUGCAGAGAUUGUCAUUCUCAUUCCUCAGGCACACCUCAUCCAUUUGUUCUCUACCAUUGCUGGGAUAGAUCACAGGUCAUCUCAUGCAGGGAUUUGUGGAGAAAAUAGUCCCAUUCCGAGUGAUUUUUUUCAAUAUCUGUUUAUCUCUUGUUGUGUCUGUUAUGACCAUGUCUCAUGCCUGCAGCAAAAAAUAUCUGUAUGGGAAUGUGUUGUGAGACUGUACAUCUUGUUCCAUUAAUGUAGAUUUGCUUGAUGGAAGAGACUGAGAGUGAGAGAGAGGAAGGAAUUGGAAGGAGAGAAAUUAAGAAAUCAUGAUGUCCUAGCACUUGUCAUUUUUGGGUUCCGGUUAACAUUUAUGAUCCCUAUUGCUAAUGCAUAGGUGCUAUGAAAUCCAUCGGUUUUUUCUUUGAAGCGACUGUCGGCUCAUUUUUUUUGUACCGUGUGGCUUUAAUCAUUAUUACUGGUAUUGGUGAUGCUUUUUUUUAUCUGGUCUGCAGGGAAAUCAUCUGUCUGGUGUCUUCCCACAGUUGCCAUGAAUUACAGGUGUUUUACAUUAACAGCAGACCCACAUUAAGGGAGAAAAAUUUGUCACUGCUGUCUAUUUUCCAGAUCCCUACUUGAGUAUAUUUUGUGGUCACCCAUCCACAACUACCUGGGUUCCUGUGGUUACUAAUGUCCAAGAUAGCUUUUUCUGUUGGUCCAUUUUUAUUCUUCUCUUUUAUAUGUUUGCUUGUUGCAGUCAUAAAUAUUAAAGAUGGUUGAGUAACACUGGCUAUAUGUGGUUUGAAUGGCCAGAUGCCUCUUGUGACAAUAGUUUUCUGAUACAAGCAGUGAAAGCAGCAGAUAUGUUAUUGACCUUGUCCCAUUCUGCGUUGCUGAUUAGAGCUGAGCGCAAUGUUUGUAAUGCUUAAUGGAAGUUUGAUUGCUGGCCAAGUGCAUUGCUUGAGGUGCAUGUGAGGAUGACUUCAACAUCCUCUGCUUUUGGCUCUCUCCCUCUGCUGUUUUAACUUUAUUUCUUCUGUCUUUUCCUCCUCAUUCAAACUUGUGCAGCAUUGCCCCUUUCAUCUAUCUCACCCUGAUUCUCCUCCACUUCUAAGGCUGCCUUAUAGAUGAAAUCUAUUGCUUGUUUUGGUAUGGUUAGUAUAUCCAUCAUGCCUGCUAAUCCCAGUGAAUCUUAAUGUAACAUGUUUAUAUUAUUGUAUAUUGAGAUCUGAUAUGAAAGCUGUACACAUGCUAGGUUUGAUGCCAGUUUUUUCUGUGAUCCGUGUUGCACUCAUGUUGCCAAUUUUUCAUGAGAAAAAUCAGGAAAUAAGACAACUUGUGCAUAUUUAUCAUGUAUGGCAUGUUACAAUACAUUUAACAUGUGGGUCUGGAGAUUAGUAUGGGAUGAGUUGGGCCCAUUUAAAUAAAUAAUGGCAGAUUAAGCCUGUAUUGAAAUCCUACCCAUUUAUAUUCCCAAGAUGCUUUCAUGAGCUUUGGUUAUGUGGAUUUGCCCUCAGCUGUUUAGACUUGCAUGACGAAAUUGUUGCUUGAUUUUUUCAUAGCAGCUAUGAAUUCUUGUGUGGCUUCAUGACUGAGAAGAAGGUUGAACUAUGAUAAGCGCUGCAUGGUGCUUUUAAAGGGUUGAUAUGGUAGGUUUUUUUUUUUACACUUGGUGAACCGUAUACCCCAUAAUCCUGGAUUGUAUCUUCUGCAUGCUUGUUUUACUUCAAGCUCGUUAAUGAGCGGUGGACGAAAAUGAGACCAUUAAAGCUGUUUCAGCAAUGG